AUGCAGUCAAAACUGCCCAGUCGUUCCGAUGGCAGCCGCCGAGCUCUGUCUGUUGAGCAGGCUGCGAUGCUGGGGUCCCCAGCCCCCCGGGGCGAGAGGUCUACUAUUGUUCUUGCCAAAGUUGUUUUCAGCGUGCAAAGCAGUGACACUGACAAGCUGCUGCAGGCAAAGAAAGAAAUUGAAAAGCACUCUAUUAAUGAUAAACAGGUGGUGCUUUGUAUAUCAGUUGAUGUGUCUCAAGACUAUAACCAAGUAGAGAAUGUCAUAAAACAAGCACAGGAAAAACUGGGUCCAGUGGACAUGCUUGUAAACUGUGCAGGAUUAUCAUUAUCAGGAAAAUUUGAAGAUCUGGAAGUUAGUACUUUUGAAAAAUUAAUGAGCAUCAAUUACCUGGGCAGCGUGUACCCCAGCCGAGCAGUGAUCACCACCAUGAAGGAGCGCCGGGUGGGCCGAAUCGUAUUUGUGUCCUCCCAGGCGGGACAGUUGGGAUUGUUUGGUUUCACGGCCUACUCUUCAUCCAAGUUUGCCAUCAGGGGAUUGGCUGAAGCUUUGCAGAUGGAGGUGAAGCCGUAUAAUGUCUACGUUACAGUUGCCUACCCCCCAGACACAGACACCCCUGGGUUUGCCGAAGAAAACAAAACAAAGCCUUUGGAGACUCGACUUAUUUCAGAGACCACAUCUGUUUGCAAACCAGAACAGGUGGCCAAACAAAUUGUUAAAGAUGCCAUACAAGGAAAUUUUAACAGUUCCAUUGGCUCAGAUGGGUACAUGCUCUCAGCCCUGACUUGUGGGAUGGCUCCAGUAACUUCCAUUACUGAAGGGCUCCAGCAGGUGGUCACCAUGGGCCUUUUCCGCACUAUUGCAUUGUUUUAUCUUGGAAGUUUUGAUAGCAUAGUUCGUCGAUGCAUGAUGCAGAGAGAAAAAUCUGAAACUGCAGACAAAACUGCCUAAUUCCUACCCCUUGGAAGAAGACUGUUUCCAAACAAUUUGAAAAGUUUGCUGCUAAGUAGGACCCAAUUUUUGGCCUAUAGACACUUAAGUAUUGUUUUUGAAUAUAUGAGAUGGGACCAUUGCUCUUCAGAAAUCUGGCUGCCAACAAGGGAUAAAAGUUGAACUCCACACAAUACUAUCAAUUCUAUGCAAACACAAAUUAGGAGACCAUUUGACUUUCUGGGUUUAGAGGUAGAGAGGUGAUGGUCUGAGAACUAACAGCGUGCAAACAAGGUAAAGAACAGAAUUCCAGAA